AUGCACGUGAGCUUUGGCGGCUGCGGCUUCCUCCUCGCCUUCCACGUCGGCGUCGCCAAGCAGCUUCAGAAACGCGGUGUCUUGAACGCGUCGAGUCGAUUCGCCGGCGCGUCGGGUGGCGCGCUGUUGGCUACCGCGCUCGCGUACGGCAUUUCACUCGACACGGUCUUUGACAAGCUGGUGGACGCCGCAGACCAAGCGCGACGCCACCAGUUUCUUGCCGACAUUGUCCGCGAGCAAGUCGACAGUGUCCUUCCAACGACGCCGCUGCCGAGCAAGAACCUUGUCGUCACGACCGCGCAGAUUUGGCCACGCGUCCAGGAAUGCCACUUGACACGCUUCACGUCCCGCGAAGACUUGCGAGACGCGCUCCUCGCGUCGUGCCACAUUCCGUUUUACCUCAAUGGCGACUUUGCGUGCAGGUACCGCGGUGCCUAUUACGUGGACGGUGGCGCCUUCUCCCUCGUGCCCAACAUGCCCGAUGCCAUUGGCGUGAGCCCGUUUCCGAUGGACACCCGAGGCAUUUCGCCGUCGCUGUUAUCGGCAUUCCCGUACUCCAAGUUGCAACUGCUGCAUUGGGCGCUCUCGCCGCCGAGUCAUGCGGUGCUAAGAGAGCUCGUCGAGUGGGGCGACUUGGCUGCGCAGUCGUGGCACGCUACCACUACUCUGUCGUAG